UUAGCCUGGAUCGUCGAGAGCUGAAAAGGCAAGAAAGACCAUUGCCAAGGCCGCAAGUUAUGUAGAGAGAAAUUGGCACGCGCCAUUGCUUCAAACUAUCCCUGACGUGGAUGGACUUCGCCCUUCUAGUUUGGAUGAAAUCUCGAACCUGAUUCGAGUAAUGCCGCAAUUGAAGGAGCUGUCCAAGUUGCAGAGUAAUCCUGUUGCUGCAGGGAGAGCUCUCCUGAAUGCCCGAAAUAGAAGAGUUCCUAACAGGGACGGUGCCUCUGCCAGGACUCUGCGACUUAGCCUCGCCGACGUGCGCUCGGCUGUUAAUGAGUGCCGGGAAAGGUCCGCAGAUCCGGUUGCUGGCACUGCAGUCCAUUCUCAGCCUAGGGAAUUAACAAGUGCUCCAAUUUCUACCAGAGGAAUUUCUCAUAAAUCAAGCACCGGCUCUGAGCCAAAUCAAGUUGGAUCGCCGCCCAGUAGACGGUUCUCUAACUUACCGAGCAACGGCUCCGAGUCAAAUCCAAUUGACUUGGACUUGUCUCCGAUAACCAAGCUUAUGAAGCGUUGGGAAACAGGAAACUUGGUAAGCGAAGAGGAGUUUAAUGAAGCGGAAGAGGGAGAGGCAAGUGAACCGCCAUCUCCUUCGCCACGGCCUCGCAAACAAGCUCGCAUCAACAACGCCACAGCAGAAGAGCGGAUCGUUAUUGACGAACUCCUCUGCAACGACGCCGAAGACAAGGGCUAUAUCCAUGUGAAGAAGCUCUCUCGUCUGGGUAUUCUAGCAGAUAUGCCCGCUUUCGCUUCAUCUAGAAACAUGAGGGCACGGGGAACCCCCCAUAUUCCUGCUUCGAUCCGUCACACAACCUUUGGUCGUUACUUGCGUCGAAGCUUACGUACUACCCUCACACCAAAAAUUGCUGAGAACGACACUUCAAGCAAGUCAAUCUCUUCGAUCCUCUCUAAAGGCGUUGACUUGGACACAAUUCCCAGCUUUCUUGAACCUCGCCGUAGGCAUUCUUCUAUGAAUUCGCCGACUCGUCAAGACCCGAUGCCGUUGAAUGCACCUGCUUCAAACAGUCAAGCCUCGGGCAAUGGAGCCAAGAUUUGCGAGAGAAAGCAGAUCACGGCUCAAGUGGCACUUCUUUCAGAGGUCCUUUCGGACUUUAAUAAACUGAAGGGCAAGUUUACGCUUGUCGCGGUAGCUCUGGCAAGGAAAGCUCGGUCGUCUGGGGUUGACGAUGACACUGAGAACCUGAGGAUCAAUCAGCGUCUGACCGAGGCUGAGACAUUGCUCAUGCGUAAAAUGGAGGCGGCGGUUGGUGGUUUUCAAGACGAGAUUCAAGAGUGCGUGAAGCUGCUUACAGAUGAGUUGGAUGGUGAUGGUGGAAUGGAUUGUCAUGGCUUGGAGGCUUCCUCUUCAGUUCACGGGUCAGCUGGAGCACUCAAGGAAUCUGCUCCUCUCCAGCACAAGGAAAAUCGUUCACCUUUGACCUUCAGGGAGUGCUCUCCAGAUCUCUCUACCCUUUCUCAUGCCGACGGUGACAAUAUGGGCUUCACUGGAAAGUCUCCUACCGGCGACACCAAUAGGUCUCGAUUUUCGCGUUCGCCUUCCUUCAAUGAGCUGGGAUCGGAUGAAUUCUCCGCCUUCAACAAGGCUCGUUCUGCGGCUUCUGCGGCUUCUGCGGCUUCUGCGGCUUCUGCGGCUUCUGCGGCUUCUGCGGCUUCUGCGGCUUCUGCGGCUUUCUUACAGCCAAGCGAUACCUUUUUGGCGUUGCAACCCCACGAUAAUGUCUCGAAUAACGUCGAUGACUCGAGCUUUAGCGAUGACCGCGGUCACCUUGACAUGAGGCGUCGUACCCAUAAGCAUACCGGAUCUUCUGUUCCUGAGCCAGUCGAGUCAGAGAAUAGCCAUGCUCGGUCUCAGAAUCGAUCGAUCGUUCCACAGAAGCGCAAGAGUACCAGCUCGUCCUCAACUACUCUGCUUUCCAGACGUUCCAUGAUUGCCGCGCGUGCUUUGACUAGAGUCAACACUACGCCCGCAGUGCAGAGUCCUCUUCGUCAGUCAAUGUCUAUCUCGGAGCAGCAGAACAUUUCACGAUCGACGGCGGCCACUGCAAUCAAUCGUGCUACGAAUGGUCGGGCCGUCCAAACUAUUUCACCAAAGAUUUCUCAGGAGACUUCCUCUGAUGACCAUGCCAUGCAUGACGAUCAAGAAGAAGAGGAGGAAGAGUAUGAGGAUGAGGAUGAGGAUGAAGAGGAAUAAGGGAGUUCAAAAUUCUUUGUGUCGUCACAAUUUCCUCCCACGCUCUUCUCCUUUCACUUUUCCAUAUGGUUGCUGCGGCGGCAGAUACUGACUGGAAAGAUUUGUUUUCUGCUUGCUGUUAUCUUUUUCUAAAUCCAUGUCCUCAUUUUCUUAUCAUCACAGCACAUGAACAUGGACUGACAUUUUCCCCUUACACCUUCCCCGUUUCCCUUUUUCCGAGCGAGAUGCUAAUUCGA